AAGCAACACAGGUUUUUGGAUUUGGAAAAAAACGGCAUAGUUAUUAAAAGGCUUUUAACAUAGAUUAAAUAAUAAUAACCUGUAAUCGGAGUGGGACCUAAAAGUAUUACACCUUGCUGCCAUUUUUUAACUUUGAUACUGCUAACAAGUUGAAUUCAGACCAAAAUUAAAUCGUUUCAUUUAUUGAGCACAGAAACGAUAAAAACAGUCUUAUAUUAAGCAGCAUAAAAAAAGACCUAAAGGUGUGUCUGACGUAAAUUUAGAGUCAGUAGUGCAGAUGUAUUAAAACUGCCUCAGUCCCACACACCAUAUGAUUGCCCUCCUUAACGAAUGGAAAAUGCGCAUCUGCCGCGCACCGGUGUGCUGUCAGAUCCCGCUGACGCGGUGAUAAUGAACAGAAUAUUCAUAUGCCGUUUCUCUCUGCUAAAGGUGUUACAUUUAACGAGCUUUUUGUUCGCAGAUGCAAAGUCCCCCACAUUUCAUCGGGGAAGGUGACACACAAUGACGCGCCCUGUCACACGCAUGCAACCCACAAAUGGGUCGUGCCACUUUUUUAAGGAGCGAAAACCCACGAUCUACCCCACUCCCACUGACAUACAGAUCCAGGAGGACCGGCUUUCAAGAGUCAAGCGUUUGUGGCGGACUCUGACCUUCUCAGACAGACUGACGUGCCGCUGAUGAUCUCCCCGAGGAGGACUAACAGCCUGGUGAUCUUUCUUCUUCUCCUUUGUUUCCGAUCUUGGAUGCAGCGCUUCACAUUAACAUUCCAAACAUGCUGCAAAGGUUUACGUCAAGACAAACAGCAGAUCAAAUCUGACAGGACGCGCGUCUGGAUCCAACACAGACUUUUCAAUAUUCUCUGGAUUGGAUUCCCAUCUGGUCUGAUUGACAUGACUGAUCAUAAAUGACUUCUCGUAUUGUGGGGGCUCGCGCCGAAGAUGCUGUCACAUCUUCAGCCGCGCGCGGACUAGGUGCGUUAUUACAGCAGAUGGCACCGAGCGCAGCGGUCUGCUCAGAGGACGCUGAGACAAAUAAUACUAUCCGGAAAGGGGGGGAAUAAAAGACAGGAUUUCUAUGAGAUUUGGAGCGGACAGAAUUUGGGAUCUAGACUGGAUCUGAACCCAUGGAUUUCUUAAAUCGCUCCAAUGUCUCAGCUGGAAGCGCAAAUUUAACAACAGAUAAAGAUGUGGCCCUACACUGUGGGGCCAGCCUCCCUGUCAUCUUUGGUGUCAUCUGUUUCUUGGGUAUCGUAGGGAACUGCAUGGUCAUGUACACCAUCAUGAAGAAAACAAAGUGCCGAGCCAAGCAAACUGUACCGGACAUUUUUAUCUUAAAUUUGUCGAUUGUUGACCUCCUGUUUCUUCUUGGGAUGCCCUUCCUAAUCCACCAGCUGCUGGGCAAUGGGACCUGGCACUUUGGGGCCGCCAUGUGCACGGUCAUCACUGCGCUUGACUCAAACAGCCAAAUUGUUAGUACCUAUAUCCUGACUGCAAUGACUCUUGAUCGUUACCUGGCAACAGUCCACCCCAUCCGCUUCAACUACGUCCGCACGCCGCGGGUGGCUACUCUGGUCAUCGCUCUUGUCUGGGGUUUGUCGCUGCUCACCAUCAUCCCUGUGUGGAUGUAUGCCGGCCUGAUGCCCCUCCCGGAUGGGCUGGUCGCCUGUGCCCUCCUUCUACCUGAUCCAGUCACUGACACAUAUUGGUUUACACUCUACCAAUUCUUCUUAGCCUUCGCCAUCCCCCUGGCCAUCAUCUGCCUGGUUUUCUUUAAGAUUCUCCAGCACAUGUCCACCAGUGUGGCCCCGCUGCCUCCCAGGAGUUUGAGGGUCCGCACCAAGAAGGUGACCCGCAUGGCCGUGGCCAUCUGUCUGGCUUUCUUCAUCUGCUGGGCUCCUUACUACAUCCUCCAGCUCGUCCACCUUGGGGUGCAAUACCCAAGCCUGGCUUUCUCGUACGCCUACAACAUCGCUAUAAGCAUGGGCUAUGCCAACAGCUGCAUCAAUCCAUUUCUCUACAUAAUCCUCAGUGAGACCUUCAAGAGACAGUUCGCCAGAGCGGUACGGCCAAUUAACCGAAAGUUUCGAGUGCACCCCAGCACCACCGACGGGGGCAGCGUGAGCGUAAGAAUGGUGCCAGAAGGGGCUCAACAAGAGCCGGGGUCCAGGGAGGUGCUGCCCUCCAAUGUGGCCUCACAUUGAUGAGAAACGAACAGCAAAAAAUAAGCACAAGUGCAAGAAAGGGAUGGAAAAGACACAAUUCUAGUGCUGGUAAAGAAAUCACAGCAUCUCAGGACAUUGUAAAUAGGACCAAAACAUUCAUCAGUCCCAUUCGUCUGAGUGGAAUAUUUGUAAAUCCAUAUCUUUUGAAAAGGUUUUAAAAAAUGUUAACUUUUGUCAUAAAAAGCAGUUCUGUUGUUUGA